UUAUGGUAAUGACUCUAUUUGAUUUCAUCGAAUGACAUUUAUUCCAUAGAUAAGGCCUGUGUCCCAGCAGUGGGAACUAUAAUUAGCAGAUAUCAAUAGUGACAAUAUUUGUUAUUUUUCCAGCCGUACGAUUAUUUCGAUAAAUAUACAUUUUUAUGCGAAAUGUAUGACGAAGAUGCUGAUGAAGUUGUAGAACUAACAUUGAAUUUUUUUCCUUUUGACAAUUCGGUUCAAGUUAUUAACGCUAAGAAGAGCAAGACUUUACUUAAACGCGUGCAACUACCCACAUUAAAGUUGAAUAUGUUGCAAAUAGGAAACAUUGUCAAUAUAUUUUCAAAACUGCUUCACAUCAUUGAUUGUGCACCAGCCACACGGCGAACAUUGUUUAAAAACGAGGAAAGCAAACCAAAAAAUAAUAUCCGACAAACUAGACAACAUGUUGCAAAUUCAAGCAAUCACUCUCGAAUACCAGCAGCAAAUCGUUCAAAAGUUGCCACGUAUUCUGUGCAGUUUGAAGAAAUAUCUUUACAACUUGCAGAGAUAAAACAGGGUCCAAGCGUUACUUUGUUGAAAGAUGCAAACUCUAUAGAUAACGAAAGUUUUACAAUAAAACCCAUUGAAAAUCAAACAGAUCUUAUAUCAUUGGACCAAUUACUGACAAAUAAAAUAGAAAAAAAUAAACUACGAAGACGUUUGUCGUUCUUAUGCUCAGCUUCUGAGGGCGAAGGAAAAACUUGUGCCUAUAGAUUAUUAGAUAUUUUAUUCACUAGAGAUUUCCUUUGCAACUGUUCAUGGGCAGGUGGAAGUAGAGGAGAUAGGUCGAAAAUUGGUCUUAAAGAUAACAAGAAUGUUUUAAAAUUCUUUCAUGGUAUGAUCUAUACUUGGGAUCCAACAUAUGCUGUACAAGACAAUGAAACAUUUUUCAAAAUUAUUACUAAAUAUUCGAGGCAACGGAAAUGUAUGAAAAACAUUAGAAUGUCUUUUAAAAGAUGUCGCAAGACUAAGGGUAAUUUAAAUAAAGGGCAAAAGCGUGGAAAUACAAAGCAACCAGAUGAUGAUGAAAAAGAAAUUGGGGGUGAAAACAUAGUAAUUGAAGAAGAUCAGUCAAACGAUGAGUCCAAAGAAAUAACUGGAGGAGAAAGCGUUUCAAUCCAAAUACAAGAAAAUAAUCCUUGUGAUGAGAUGAUGAAGAUAGCGAAAUAUGUUUGUGUCAAUCGUUAG